AUGAGUGAAAAACGUGGCGGCCACGAGAUGGCCUCUCUUUCUCCAAAAGAACCAAAGUUCCAAAGAGCAGACAAAGAAGUUCUCGUAUUCGAUUCAUCUACCACUGUGCCCCCGGCUCUCGAGCUUUUCAGGGCCUUUCUUUUCUCUUUGUUCGUCGUUCUUCACCUCAACUCUUGUUUCUGGCCUAUCCACCGACUAGCGGGCCGCCUCCAUCUCCAUCGAUCUCAGAAGGCCAUUGCCAGUCAAACGGCCUCCUUUUCACCAAUCUCUCCCUCUCUCCUUCUACCUUUCGAACAGUCCUCUCCUCACCCCUCCCGGACCAGCCUCAUCCUCCCUUCGCCUACAGCCAUUGCUUUUACUCCGGUCUGCAUGCAGUGA